AUGUCACGAAGGCAGCAUCGCGUAGAACGGCUGGAGUAUCCUCCACCGCCCAGUAAAUGCGCUAAGUUCCUGUACUAUACUUGGAAGCUAUGCUCCGUGGUGUUCUCCCACUUCGUGAUGAUCAGCCUGGUGGUGGCCUACUGUAUCCUCGGCGCUGUCACCUUCGAGAGGCUGGAGUCACACCAUGAGAGGGAGGUGAAGAGGAACAUAUCGCAGAUCCGCGGGAACACCACACAUAGCAUAUGGAUGAUGACUAACAGAGUGACGUACUUGAACCAGGCUAACUGGACCUCGGAGGUGGUCGACAUGCUUAAGGAUUUCGAGAACGCUAUCUUGUUGGAGAUGAAGGUCCGCGGCUGGGACGGUAACGAGAGCACCGAUCACAUCCAGUGGACAUUUACGGGCGCUCUGUUUUAUUCCAUCAUCGUCAUAACUACUAUUGGUUAUGGUCAUAUCGCGCCAAAGACUCAAACGGGCAAGGUUGUGACCAUCUUCUACGCCAUCCUCGGAAUACCUCUGAUGCUGCUGUGCUUGUCGAACAUUGGUGAUGUUAUGGCCUCUUCAUUUAGGUUUCUGUACUGGCGUGUAUGUUGCUACGUGUGUACGCGGCCUCCUAAAGAGCACCAUCGACAUCACUCCAGGCGCGCCCAGCGUGGGACGAGCGUGCGCUGCACGCGGCGGCGUCGGCCCCUCGAGCGGUCACAUUCUGAUACUGAUUGCAGAUACCGUGACAGCGGUUACAACAGUACGCGACCGAAGCACCCCCGCCGCCCCGCACCUGAGCCCGCCCCCUUGCCUUCCACUUCUCGGGCGAGAACUCAGCCUCCAAUGUACUCACGACCACAUGCAUUUGAUGCUAACAUUCGUUUGUUUACUCACAGAUUCUGUUCUUUUCUAGAAGAGUUUCCCAAAAUAUCCCUACCGUUGCAAGAUUUAGAAGCAGCAUUGAAGGAAUUAGACAAUUACCAAAAAAAAGCUGUCAAACCAGAGCUGCGGAGUAAAUCUUUACCUCGUCCAGCAAGAGCUAAGCCCGAUUUUGGUCCUUUGAGGAACUUCGACAGCCAAAGGCAUUAUGAGCUCGACGAUGGAAAGGAAAUGUAUGAAAUGCAUGACUUGCAUGACGUCGACUAUGAGAAUUAUAAAGAGAGGAAAGCGUUGGAGGAACGAGAACGCCGGCAGAGGGACCGGGAGGAUUCUGGUUACAGAGAUCAUGGGUACGAUCCAGAAAGCGAUGAUUUCGAAUUCGAUGUGCCGAGGCGAAGGAAUGAUCGCAGACACGAUCGCGGCAGAUCAGAAUACUACGAACGGGAUCUAGGGGAGUAUCCCAGCGAACGCAAGAGAGGCAGGCGCGCUCGGAGCGCCUUCUACGAGUACGAGAGGCGCGAGGACUGGGGCGAGGACGUGGAGAGGGGCAGACGCCGGCUGCGUCGCCUGCACACUGUUGACAACUCGAGACCACAUCGAUAUUAUUCGCCUUCACCAGAUAGGGAUGAAUGGAGUGAUGAAGCUCCACCGAUUCAUCGCGGUAGACCAGCAGUGUGGGGUUCACGACAGUCCGAUUUAUGUCCAGCGCCAAUGUCUUAUAAGGAAGAAAUCAAACCCGUGCCGAUCUGGCUGUGCGUGUUUCUCGUAGCGUCUUACAUAGUUGCUGGCACGUUCCUGUUCAAGCGGUGGGAGGGCUGGGCCUACCUCGACGCGGCCUACUUCUGCUUCAUCACGCUCACCACUAUCGGCUUCGGGGACUUUGUGCCCGCUCAGGGGCAAAGCGGUGGAGCGGACGCAGUACAUUCCAUAGCUCUCUGCUCGCUGUACCUGCUCUUCGGCAUCGCGUUACUGGCGAUGUCUUUCAACUUGGUGCAAGAGGAAGUCAGGGCCAACGUCGCCGCGGUCGCUACACGAUUGGGAAUUAUUAAGCCGAAAGACAACACUGAGGAUUAUUAGCCUUUAUCUUAUAU